CAUCAUUGGUCAGGCUUUUCCAGAGUGUUGGUCGUUCAACUUGACUCUAAAGAACCACUUCAUCGAGCCCACAAGCUGGAGGAAACAGCUUGCUUGCAAAGCAAACAUUUCCUGACGAGCAGAAGAAAGGUCGUGUUCAGAAACACGUCAUUGUACUUAUGCUAGCCAGCUUGAAUCGUCUGAAAUGAGUGCAUCUUGCCUGUUCCUCGGCGCUGCCGUUCAUCCACAAUACGUUAAGGACAAUGAGAGAGAAAAGCAAUGGCGAAUGGUCAGCGCUGUGCAGUCGGAUAUAGAAAGCAUGUUCAAUUUCGCUGCUAGCCAUUCAGAUAAACAAUAUCGAAGGAGAGGAAGACCGAAUUACAUUCACGAUGUGCAAGUUAGCGGCGUGCUUCUCAACCAAAACCUCUACGACGAGCUCGAGGAUCCCAUAGCACAAGGGCAGCGUCAGAAGCAAGGUGCAAACCAAUCGCUCUAUGAGAAGAUGGAUGACAGGAACCGUUUUCAGCCCUAUACAAAUUUAAAACAGGUACGUGAUUCCAUUCAAAACUUCCUGGCCGGAGAGGAGGAGGAUUAUUCCCCCGACAAUCUCAUUCUCUUCAUGACUGGACACGGAGGCCAGCACAAGCCUGGCAGAGUUGUGGAGGAGUAUUUCUGUCUACCGAAACCAGGCUUGUCAGCCAAUCACUCUGCUGUGUACACAGACACCAUGUUGACAGAGGACAUCACAGAAUACCUUCCCGCUGAAAAAACUCUGUACUUGAUCAUACAUAGUUGCCAUUCAGGCGGGAUGGUGAACUUUUGGAAACUGGACCCCGAAAACGAGAAAGUCGCGUUGUUUGCUAGUGCCGAGGCGGACAUCUGGGCAGAAUGGAAUGCCGAUGACACACCUAGUUUCGUUCAAUCCUUCUGCAAACAUGCAGAGAUUGGCAAGCAGCUCUGCAGUAUAGCCGGAGACAUCUACCAGGAGCUGUACAGCGUUCCCAAAAUUCGGCCUGCCUUCAAAACAACAAAACCAGAGAUGGCAACCGACCCUUUUCUAGAGUAGAUUAAGGCACUCUUUAAAUUAAAAGGACUCUCUAGCCUUCGGCCAGUAAUCGCGCAAUUACGUAGAUCUGGACCCUGCUCAAUAGUGUAGCAUUGUUUUCUCUAGUUCGUGCUUUUUGUUUUUGCUGCUUUACGUAUUCUUAGUUUCUGUUUACAUUACAUUAAUUUUUAGAAUCUGUUUAUAUUUUCAGCAACGAACUAGCCCUGUGAAUACUAUUGCGUUUUUAUUGUUUACCUUUUUACAUGUACUUCUGUUUAUUUUUAUUUUGUUGUUCUCGGCGUUCCAAAGUCUCAGCGUGAAUCAUUAAUGCACAAUUUACAUCUUUCAAAGCAUUCGUCUAGGGAUUGAGUUUGAAUCUUUUACACAACCUUGUUACAUCUGCCUUGAGUUUCUUUGGAUUAGACUUUCUCAAAUUUUCAUUUUGAUUUCAUCGUCGAGUUUCAUCCCUUGUAUCUUUGGUGUUCUUCCUUCUUUCCAUGCCGUAUUGUUUGAAUACACCCGUUUUGAAAGCCUUGAAA